AGCUAGUAACACUAUGUAGAGCCUGUAAGAGCCUCCGCGCUGCGCGCGCACCUCGUAUUCAUAAACGGAUUUUCGUUAAAAUGAAGGUGCUUGCUAUCAUCUUGUCGGGAUUAGUGUUGCAGACAUCUGCGUCAUUCUUCGACGAACUGCGCGGCGCGGUGUCUUCAGUGGAGAGCAGCUUCGGGAAACUGCUCAAUGACGUCAUAUAUGAUGUCAAAGAAACCAUCGAUUGCACUCUAAUGGCAGUCGAGCAGGUGCUGGCAUUAGGGGUCUUUAGAGAUCCUUCCGAUUAUGAAGCAAAAUGCAAAGGCGCUGCAGAAGCGGUCGCGCAACCACCCCCACCACCACCGCCACCAGUCGUGGUAGCCACCAACCCACCACCACCUGCCCCCGAAACACCACACAUCGAAAUCCCUCUCACAAAGACGGAACAUAGACAAGUCGACUCCUCAAUAUUGAACGUAGACCAAGUUCUAUGCGACGUCUUAAAAAAAGAAGAUACACACGCUCAACUAGAAACUGUUAAACUAGCUCUUAUAAAUGAAACUGAACGAUUAACUGAAAUAAGUGAAUUGCUAAAGAAACAGCUUGAAGAACUGUCAGCAGAAGUGAAAGAAAAGUUCAAAGCGAUCGAACUGCAGACGUCAGCGCCUUCUGUUGAAAGCAUUUGGAACGACAUCAAAUUGCUGCACGAAAUAGAACACAGACAUAGGAAUACAGAUGAAGCUAAGAAAAUCAGUCGAGUCUUAGACCAGAUCUUAAAUAUCCUCGAUGCGAAUGAAGAAGAUCGUUCCGCCGCAGAUGAUAACAAAAUACAAGAAAUUAUGCGUAAACUUAGCAAGAAAGCUAAAGGCGGUGAUAGUGACAUUUGGACAGACCUGAAGAAUUAUCCUAAAGAUUUUCGUGAAUACGCUAAAAGAGUAUUUGAUGAAAAUAGAUCGACUUUCCCUCCUGAUGAGACAAGUAAGCCAUCCGAACCUGAAGAUGUUACAAAGAAGGAUGCCGGGAAAACAGACGAGAAAGAAGACCAAACUAAAACUACAAAUGAACCUGACAACACUGAAGACCAAUGUGAACAUUCAAAUGAAACUGAUAAAAAAGACAAUCAGACUGAAAAACCAAAAGAAGUUACCACAGUUAAACCCAAAAGCAAAAAGAGAAAACUAAAAAGAACUACAACAACUACAACUGAAAGACUAUUAACCGUCGAAGAGUUGGCAGCACAGUACGGUUCACUGUUUGACGUGAUGCCAGACAUUGAUAGCAUAGAACACAAGAAAGCUAUUGACAGUGCGAAGAGUAUCAUACAAGAAAGUAAACUAAACGAUGAAGUUAUAAACAGUUUGGCCGAAAUGGAGUCGAGUAAAGAUGCACGUGAUCUUUUCGAUGACCCUGACCUGUUAGGUGAUUUUAAGGGAUAAGAUAUAAAAAAAAAAAAAUAUAGUUAUUCAUGUCCAAUUGAACUGUUACUGUGAUACCGCCUUAAAUAAUUAAGACAGUUUGUAUUGAGUUUAUUUAAAUUCAAUUUACAUCUAUUAAGGUGCUAUUUAUUUAUUUUUUGUUACCAAAUAUGAUACUUAAUUUAUUAUGAAAUAUUUCAUUUGUUUGAAAUACAUGAUUUUAUAUUACAAUGUUAUGAACGCUUUUCAAUAUGUGAUAUUGUAACGAAGUUUUGUGACAUAAGUAGCAAGCUCGUCUAAUCAAUAAAACUGUCAUUGUUCAACUGUUACAGAUGUAGUGCGAAAAGAGUUUCCUUCGUAUUUUUCCGGAAACGUUCGUAUUUGUCAUGCAGG